AAAGCAGCUCCCCGCGCGCGCUUUCGGGUGACCUCUUCCUGCGUUUCUGUUUGUGAGACCUGUGGCUCGCUCGACCCUGCUGAUAGCAAGAUGUCUUCAGGAAAUGCAAAAAUUGGGUAUCCUGCUCCCAACUUCAAAGCUACUGCUGUUAUGCCAGAUGGACAAUUCAAAGAUAUCAGCUUAAGUGAAUACAAAGGAAAAUAUGUUGUGUUCUUCUUUUACCCUCUUGACUUUACUUUUGUGUGUCCCACGGAGAUCAUUGCUUUCAGUGACAGAGCAGACGAAUUUAAGAAACUCAACUGCCAAGUGAUUGGAGCUUCUGUGGAUUCUCACUUCUGUCAUCUGGCAUGGAUUAACACACCCAAGAAACAAGGGGGAUUGGGACCCAUGAACAUCCCCUUAAUAUCAGAUCCCAAGCGCACCAUUGCUCAGGAUUAUGGAGUCUUAAAGGCUGAUGAAGGUAUCUCUUUCAGGGGCCUUUUUAUUAUUGAUGAUAAAGGUAUCCUCCGACAGAUAACAAUAAACGAUCUUCCUGUUGGACGUUCUGUGGAUGAGAUUAUACGACUAGUCCAGGCCUUCCAGUUCACUGACAAACAUGGUGAAGUGUGCCCAGCUGGCUGGAAACCUGGCAGUGAUACCAUCAAGCCUGAUGUCAAUAAGAGCAAAGAGUAUUUCUCUAAGCAGAAGUGAGCACUCGACCAUUUUUCUGCCAGGCAGCAUCGAGCAGCCAGAAGAAACUCUCUUGUACUCUACUCAUGCUUGAACACAUGAUGUGGUGUGAUUCCAGAUAAGCCUUUCCUACAGGGCUAGGGAUGGUUAGCCUUUCUUCCACUAUUGGUAAUGGUCUGGGCUGUGUUUGUUUUGUGCAGACCAUCUUCUAUCAGUCACAGUAAACAGCCUGUUAAUUCUUUUUUCUUUUUCUUUUUUUAAGUAUUAAACGCGAAUUCUGAGAA